AUGGCAGUGGCAGCUAACAUGAUUCGCAAGACCACCAUGGAAGCUGAGGAGCUCCAGAUGGCGAUGACCUUGGGUGAAAUCUCCUCUCGUCGCGGCCUCACGGUGGUGCCCGAGCCCAAGUCCGCUCCUCCUUCCCCGUACCCCCAGAUAUCAAAACCUAGGAGCAGCGUGGGAUCCUCCUUUCCUGGCUACCUGCCAGGUAACAAGCUACUCUACUCCUAUGUUGCUCCGGUUCGAGCAGAGAAGCUUAUAGUUGAGAAUGAUGAUGUUGCAGCUGGGCUUUUGGAUCUCAUUGUGCAACAUCAGGUUACCACGCUCAUCUUGAGUUCUAUGAUAGAUAGGCAGGAGCAUGACAAUGUGUAUGCGGUUGAAACAUAUGACUUACCUUCUUUCGGAAGCUCCCAGUGCCUCUCGGGUAGCAGCAACAACACUGUCUCCAUUCUUCAGGGAAUCAUGUUCAGUGUUGUCUUUGAUCACGAGUCGCUCAACACUUUCAAGGGGGAAACAGCUAGCCAUCUGAAUGUGGUUGGCCAAUCACAAGAAUUCCACCAGGCAUUUCACGCCAAAUGUGUCGAGAUGGGUAUCGAAUCAGUUUUCAGAUUAGAUUGCAAGAAUUUUCAAAAGAAGCAAUGGAUGCCCAUCUAUAGAUGGCAUCGUGUGCUGUUGUUUACAAUCAGGGUUCUUGAGGCAAUACUAACGGAAUCCAAGCAGAAUCAUAUUUCAGAGGCAGUCAAGGAACCGAUUCGUCUCCUCCUCAAUCUUGCCUCCAAAGUUGCUAAGGUGAAGAAAUCACCUGAGAAGCUCUUUUGCAUAUUGAACAUGCACGGAGCACUGUUUGACGCCACCCCAAUCCUCAUAAGAGUGUUUGAUGCAGAAUUUGUGAAGAUAGAGGUCGGGGGAGUGGUUGCAGCAUUGAACGAGUCUGCAAGGGGAAUGCUUCUUGAACUGAAAAUCUUGGUUCAGACUUACAGACCACAGCACGAACUAACGCAAGGCAGCGUUCUAACGAUAACUGAAUUCCUCGUGAAAUACAUCAAGUUACUGGUAAAUCACACUGGAAACCUCGAUCCCAUUCUAUGCCAAGGCCAAGCUGAUGAUCUGUUGAACAUUGAGGGCGUGAAUCUGACAGGUCGUCUAGUAUCUGGAAUCAUCGCCGAUCUGGAAUCAGUGGUUCAGGAAUCUAGCUCAUAUGUAGCUGAGGGACUGAAGUUUCUAUUUCUGGUGAACAACACAGAUUUUGUACUGCGACAAGUUGAAGAAUCGGAUGUGCGCCUGAUGGUAGGAGCCCAGUGGAUCAAAAAGCGUCACAACAAUAUCAAACAGUACAUGAGGGAUUAUCUAUCCUCGUCGUGGAAACAGGUAGUGCGUCCUCUGGAGACUGCAACUACCAGUUCUCAAAAGAGGCUCAAGAACAGCUUCCUCAAGAUCUUCUACCCCACUCCCAGUCCCCUGCGGAGUUUUGAAUCGGCUCUCAACAAAGCAUGCAAAUCCCAGAUGCACUGGAAGGUGUGUAGCCCAGUUCGUCGCGUCGAGCUUCGCACAAAUGUCAUAGAGUAUGUUGUCCAAGCAUACCAGGCAUACCGGGACAGCCUGGAAGAGUCUGUUCGAGGUGAUCUUGAGGACUUGGAGCCGAACCUGAAGAGUGACUUGUUUGAAGGUUAA